AUGGAUAUUGAUGAGUUUUUGAAUGAUCCUUUCGAGGACGCGUUACGUUUAAGAAGUUCCAAUACACCCGAGGCAGACUUACAAGCUUUAACAAGAGCUUGGAUUAAUGAGCGCGGUGCUCCAGAGAUUCUACCAUGGCCUCCCAACAAUCUGGUUGAACGUGUUACAGAACGAAUCAAGAAGCAAAUCGAGAAGGUUGAGGAAUUGACUGGAGACAUGGAUCCUAAAACCAAUUUUGGCCUCAUUUGUUUACAGACGGAGUUGGAGAGGUGGAAGUACUUAAUUAGAGGAUUGGUAAGGGCUAGAAUCGCAAAGCUUGAUGCGCAUACAUUACAUUACUUGAGCGACGAAAACCUUCGAUCGAGAUUAUCAGAAACCGAAAUCGCGUAUGCCACAAGACAUCAACAAUUACUACAUAACCAUUACUUGUCGAGUUUCUUGGGAAGCUUCCCAGCUGCAUUACAGAACUUAAACGACCAGACAGGAGGUAUUUCUAUGAUCAGUGGGCCAGAUGAAGAUACAGCUGUAUUUGCUAGAGGUACAGGAAAUUAUGAAGAUUUCACUGGUGAUGGUGGUAGCAUAUCCGUUUUGGGUAGAGGGAGAGAUGGGGACGAUAUGAAAGAUGUCGAGAGAGGAGAAGUUGUGAUUGCGAGAUGGUCGGAUAUCAAAGAGCAUGUCGAAAAGGGAGAAAUGGAACUGGUCUGA